AUGUCCAAAGAAACAAAGCUUAAAGAAGAAGUCACAGAGAGACCGGAUUCUAUAAAGGUUGACCCACCAUCGAAUUCAUCACUAUAUCAUACCAUAAAACCAUUUUCAUAUUUAACUUCAACAACUAAACAAUCAGUAUCUAAAAAUGUUUUGCUUAUUUUGAACCAAAAGUUUACAAUUGACCUAAAUAGUAUUUGGAAUCAUUGUGAAUUAGUAGUUUGUGCGGAUGGAGGAGCAAAUCGAUUAUAUAACUAUUUUAAAGAUGAACAAUUGAGAUCAAAAUAUAUUCCUAACUAUAUAGUUGGAGAUUUUGAUUCAAUAUCUGAAGAAGUUAAAGAUUAUUAUGAAAAGAAAGGCACAAAAAUAAUACCUCAAAGAACUCAAUAUAGUACAGAUUUUCAAAAGGCUGUAAAAUGUAUUCAAUUGCAUUACUUGUUAAAACAAGAGAACACGAAUUGGCCCUAUGUCAAUGAUGACUGUGGAUUGGAUGAAAUAUGGGAGAAAGAAUACCAUGCAAAGAGUGAUAUUGAAAUUAGGGUCUACGUUUUAUCAGCAAUUGGAGGUAGAUUUGACCAAACUGUUCAAUCCAUCAAUCAAUUAUACAUCUUACAUCAAAACGAACCAAACUUACAAAUAUUUUUCAUAACUGAGUCCGAUAUCAUUUUUUUGCUAUAUAAAGGAACAAAUUAUGUAAGUUAUCCUUCAAGAUCAGUAUUUUUUAAGCCAACAAAUGCAAUACCGACUUGCGGUUUACUUCCCUUAAGUGAUCGAUCAAUUUUACUAUCAACAGACGGGUUAAAAUAUGAUGUUAAGAAUUGGAUUAGUAACAUGACAGGUAAUGUUAGUUCUUCCAAUAGAGUCAGUGGUGAAGAUGGAUUCAUAGUAAUUUGUUCUGAUCCAAUUGUGAUCAAUAUAGAGGUGGAUUUAUAG